UGAACUCAAUAAAAACCUUUCAACUUAUCAAUAGAAAAAAAAAACCAUAAACAACGAUAAUUAAUUAAAUUUUCUAUAAGAUUCUCAGUUAUCCUUCUUAAACAAAUCUAAAUAGGUAAACGACAACGUAGGACUUUCAAAUCCACCUGACUUCAAUUUGGAGAAGCACCACGUUGACUACUAUUGUAUAGUAAGUGAGGAUAACUUCCGAGUUCAGAGCCAUGGCGAUGGCUUCGACCCCCAAAGUAGUGUUAGGAUGUAUUGGGUUUGUAGUAUUUUGGAUAUUAGCUGUGUUUCCUGCGGUGCCCUUUCUUCCAAUUGGGAGGACAGCAGGCUCAGUCCUCGGGGCAUUGCUUAUGGUCAUAUUUCAAGUGCUCUCACCUGAUCAGGCCUAUGCAGCAGUUGAUCUUCCUAUACUGGGUCUCCUCUUCGGCACAAUGGUCGUCAGCGUGUAUUUGGAAAGGGCAGACAUGUUCAAGUAUUUGGGACAGCUCCUCUCAUGGCGUAGCAGAGGCGGCAGAGAUUUAUUAUGUAGAGUUUCCGUUAUUACAGCAAUCACAAGUGCUUUGUUUACAAAUGACACAUGCUGUGUCGUUCUCACCGAAUUUGUACUUAAACUAUGCAGACAGCACAAUCUGCCACCCCAGCCCUUUUUGUUAGCUCUGGCAUCCAGUGCAAAUAUUGGCUCUUCUGCAACUCCAAUUGGCAAUCCCCAGAAUUUGGUAAUUGCAUUACAGAGCAAAAUUUCUUUUGGUAAAUUUGUGGUGGGACUUCUGCCUUCUAUGAUUUUAGGAGUUUUGGUGAAUACUCUGAUACUGUUGGUGCUUUAUUGGAAGCUACUUUCUUCGGAGAAAGAUGAAGAAGCUGUAGUGCAAGUUGAGGUGAGCGAAGAGGAUGUUAACUCUCAUAGAUUUUCCCCUACAAUGUUAUCUCAUGUGGGGUCCCCAGUUGAUGAUCUAAGCCUUUCAGAGGUUAAUUCUGAAAGUGUUUAUGAGAGAAACAUCGGCCAAAUUGACGUGCAGCGAGUUGAAAGCAUUAUCACAGAAGUGAGGGAUGAGUGUGUGGGUUCUGAAGGACACCAUGAAGGAGUUUCAUCAAGGCGGUCAUUGAAAGUGAAUCUUCAACCCAUUGCAAAUGGCGACAAUGUAAGAGGAAUUCCAUUGGCUGAGGUACUUGCAGGGAAGGAAGCUCUCCGUGAUAAGUGGAAACACAUUGCAUGGAAAACAUGUGUUUAUUUAGUGACUGUUGGAAUGCUAGCUGCCCUGAUAUGUGGCCUCAAUAUGUCAUGGAGCGCUAUUGCUGCAGCUAUUGCCCUUGUAGUUCUUGAUUUCACAGAUGCUCGUCCCUCCCUUGAGAAGGUUUCUUAUUCUCUUUUAGUAUUCUUCUCGGGUAUGUUUAUCACGGUAGAUGGAUUCAACAAGACAGGCAUACCCAGUGCACUGUGGGAUGCUGUUGAGCCUCAUGCACAUAUUAAUAAUGCACUUGGGUUGGUGAUUCUUUCAGUGGUCAUAGUUGUUCUUUCAAACUUAGCCUCGAAUGUGCCUACAGUGCUUUUGUUGGGUGCUAGAGUGGCAGCAUCUGCAGCAGCCUCGGGGGCAAGUGUGAGGAAAGCAUGGCUCAUUUUAGCAUGGGUUAGUACUGUGGCAGGCAACUUAACAUUGGUAGGUUCAGCUGCAAAUUUAAUUGUUUGUGAGCAGGCCAGAAGAACACAAUUCUUUGGAUACCACCUCUCAUUUUGGGGUCAUCUGAAAUUUGGAAUUCCAGCAACAUUGGUGGUUGUGUCUGUCGGUUUACCCCUUAUAAGGAGCUGAGAACUAAGAAAUUGAAUUAUUGGGCUUUAUUUCAGGUUGUAGUGAUCAUGCAUGUGUAGCUAUGACUCACUAAAGUUGAAGAAAGCAACAUUAUUUUUCUACAAUGAUAUGCUUUUUGGUCAGAUAAUACCAGUUACGGAAAAAGAUUUUUAGAA